UCUUCCCCUCCUGUUUGAGUAGGGCUUCUCCCAUUGGUCGCACUCCUAACCAGCGCCGCGCUCUAUCUUACGCUCCUAUAGGCCACCCUCUUAUCCUACUCCCACACCAUUCUCUUUCAAACCCUAAUUAAAAUUAAAACAGAAAAAAUCAUCUUCUGAGAUCCCUCUUCAUUCUUGGAUCCCUCCUCCACCCUUUCAUCCAACCCUGUCGCUUUGAUCACCGGGUUAGGGUUAGGGUUCGAAUUCAAUUUUCAUAUAAUCGGAUCAAACACUUAAUCAGUGAGAGCAGAGAAAUCACAGGGCUAGGGUUUCAUGCUUUUGCCAUUCACACUUGCUUCGCGAUUGCGAUGGCGGCCAAUUCCGGCACCAAAUACGUCUCUGUGAAUCUAAACAAGUCCUAUGGGCAGCAUUCCACCCCCUUCGGAUCCAACCGAGCGGCGCGGCCAGCCGCAGGAGCUGCUGCGAUUCCCUCGCGGCCUCGGAGUUCGCACAAGGCCGGGCCCAAGCUUUCCGUUCCACCCCCCUUGAACCUCCCUUCGCUGCGGAAGGAGCACGAACGGUUCGAUUCGCUGGGAUCGGGGAGUGGGCCUUCCGGCUCUGGAGGUCCUGGAAGCGGGGCGAGGCCCAGUUCGUCAGGUGUGGGCUGGACCAAGCCCGUCGCGGAAGAUGGGCUGUCGCGGCCUGUCAUCCAAGGCAAACCGGCUGCCACCGCAGCUGCACCUGUUUCGUCAGCUGUUUUGAGAGGAGAGGAUUUUCCCUCUCUGCGGGCUACCUUGGCGCCUGGACCCGGCCCAAGUCAGAAGAUCCAGGAGAGUGGCAAUCAGAAUCAGAGUCUGAAUCAGAAGCAGAAGCAUUCUCUGGGUGAUGAGAAUGUGUUUGUUGAGGAGAAGAAGGAGGGUUCUUUGAUUACUGAUCAUUUGAGUGUUUCUCGCAGUGUGAAUGUGGUUGGCGGUGGCGAUGAUGGUCGUGGUUCGCGUCUGGUGAACCCCAGGUAUGGUGUUGGGAGGAGGCAGGAGGAGUAUUUCCCUGGUCCUCUGCCACUGGUUCGGCUGAACCCACGCUCGGAUUGGGCCGAUGAUGAGCGGGACACGGGUCACGGAUUGAGCAGAGAGGGCAGGGAUCAUGGUUUUUUUCCCAAGGGGGACGCAUUUUGGGAUUUUGAUAUGCCUAGGAUUGGUGGCGUAUUGCCUCAUAAGCAUGACAAGAGGGGACAGUUGAGAGGCAAUGAAGUUGGGAAGGUUUUGUCCAGUGAAGUGGAGAGUUAUGAUAGAAUGGGGCCAGACGGGAAUUCUUGGAGAACUUCGAAUGUGUCAUUUUCUAAAGAUGCUGGAAAUGAAAGAAAUGGUGUUGGUGUGAGGCCUUCAAGUGGGAGUAGGGAUGUGGGGAAGGAUAAUAACAAGUAUGUUCUGUCGCCAUUUAGAGAUGAUGAUUCUGGAAAGAGGGACUUUGGAAGGAGGGAUAGUCAGGGUGGGAAACAGCAGCCUUGGAAUAAUGCUAUGGAGUCUUAUGGUCGUAACCGGGAGCAACUCAACAGGAACAGAGCUGAUUCUGUGCAGAGCUCGUCAUCUUCAUUUUCCAUGGGUGGAAAGGGGCUUCCUGUUAAUGACCCUCUGCUUAAUUUUGGUAGAGAGAAACGAGCAUUACCCAAGAGUGAAAAAGGCUUUUUGGAGGAUUUUGGAGGUUCUGGUUUUGAUGGGAGGGAUUUGUUUUCGGGUUGUCCUGUUGGGGUGGUCAAGAAGAAGAAGGAUGUGCUUAAGCAAACUGAUUUUCAUGAUCCGGUGAGGGAAUCCUUUGAGGCUGAGCUUGAAAGGGUUCAGAGGAUGCAAGAACAGGAGCGGCAGCGUAUCAUUGAGGAGCAAGAAAGGGCAUUGGAGUUGGCUCGUAGAGAAGAGGAGGAAAGAUUAAGGCAGGUUAGAGAGCAGGAAGAGAGGCAGAGGAGAUUGGAAGAAGAAGCUAGAGAGGCAGCAUGGAGAGCAGAGCAAGAAAGGAUUGAAUCUUUGCGGAAGGCUGAAGAGCAGAGGUUAGCUAGGGAAGAAGAGAAACAAAGGAUAUUUUUAGAAGAAGAGAGGAGGAAACAAGCUGCUAAGCAGAAGCUUUUAGAAUUGGAGCAAAAGAUUGCAAGAAGACAGGCUGAGGCGACCAAAAGUGGUGGUAAUGCUCCGGUUGUUGUGGAUGAGAAAAUGACUGUGACAAUGAAUGAAAAAGAAACAUCCAGGGUUACAGAUGUGGGUGAUUGGGAGGAUAGUGAAAGAAUGGUCGACAGGAUAUUAACUUCGGCAUCUUCUGAUUCAUCAAGUGUGAAUAGGCCAUUGGAGAUGGGUUCUAGGUCUCAUUUCUCUAGAGAUUUAUCUUCCACCCUCGUGGAUAGAGGAAAACCCGUUAAUACAUGGAGAAGGGAUGCAUAUGAGAAUUGGAGCAAUACAACAUUUUAUCCACACGACCAGGAGAAUAGUCACAACAGUCCCCGCAGAGAUUUAUCAAUAGGGGGAAAGCCAUUUAUGAGGAAAGAAUAUAAUAGUGGGUCUGGAUUUGUGUCGUCAAGGACUUAUUACAAGGGAGGGAUUUCGGAGCCCCACUUAGACGAAUAUGGUCAUGUGAAACCCCCGCAGAGGUGGAAUCAAUCUGCAGAUGGAGAUCAUCUUAGCAGAAAUACAGAGAUUGAUUCUGAUUUUCAUGAAAACUUUUUUGAAAGAUUUGGUGAUGGAUGGACACAAGGCCGAUCCCGGGGCAAUCCAUUUCCUCCAUUCCCCGAGCGUACUUAUCCAAGUUCUGAAUCUGAUGGACCCUAUGCCUUGGGGAGGUCACGGUAUUCUGUCAGGCAGCCUCGAGUACUUCCUCCUCCUUCAUUAGGUUCUGUUCACAGAACUUACAAGACUGAAAAUGAACACUCCAGCCCUUCUGCUUUCCUAGAAAAUGAUAUGCAUUAUAAUCAGACAACAAGGAGUGAGUCUACUCUGCCAGCUGGUUACGACAAUGGGAAUCGUGCACAACAUGAAGUAGUGGAUGUCAGGCAAGAGACUACUGAGAAUGAGGACCGUAAAGUGGAAACCACUCCAAGGUGUGAUUCUCAGUCUUCACUAUCUGUUUCAAGCCCCCCAAGUUCUCCAACACAUCUCUCUCAUGAUGACUUAGAUGACUCUGGAGAUUCCCCUACCAUAUUGACUUCUGAAGAAAGCAAAAGUUGUCCCCUUCCAGCUCUAGAUAAUGAAUCCAUUGCAACACCUGUUGUUGCUGGAAAUGUUGUUGCUGGAAAUGAGAAUGUAGGUACUCCAUGUGCUGUCUCUAGUGGUGAUGAUGAUGAAUGGACUACUGAGAAUAAUGAGCAAUUCCAAGAACAAGAAGAAUAUGAUGAAGAUGAAGAUUAUCAUGAAGAAGAUGAAGUGCAUGAAGGAGAUGAAAAUGCUCAACUCAACCAGGAUUUUGAAGAUUUGCAUUUACAAGAGAAAGGAUUGCCCCACUUGAUGGAUAACCUAGUAUUAGGAUUUGAUGAGGGUGUCCAGGUUGGGAUGCCCAAUGAAGAGUUUGAAAGGACAUCCAAAGAUGAAGAAACUACAUUUAUGGCUCAACAGGCUGACAUCACUCUAGAAGAAUGUGUAUCUUAUGAUAAUGCACAGGCCGAUGAGAAAGCUCUCCAACCUGUGGAUGAUACCUCUCAGUUAAAUCUUAACAGUAGCUCUUGUGUAUUCCAGGAAUCAGAGAAACCAGCUCAAGAUUUGGUCAUUCAGCCUAGUAAUUCUCUUUCUUCUGUGGUGUCUGAGAGUUUAGUUAAUGUGGAAGCUUCUAAUUACCAUAGUACACCAAGUUCAGUUACUAUUGCCCCUCACUACUCAUCUUCUUCUGGUCAAGUUGUUACCUCUAAUGUAGCUACUGCUCCAAGUCAAGCUGAGUUACCCAUUAAGCUUCAAUUUGGUCUGUUUUCUGGUCCAUCUUUGAUACCAUCACCCGUACCAGCCAUACAGAUUGGUUCUAUACAGAUGCCACUGCAUCUGCAUCCACAGGUUGGCGCACCCCUCUCUCACAUGCAUCCAUCGCAGCCUCCUUUGUUUCAAUUUGGCCAGUUUCGAUAUACAUCUCCAAUAUCACAAGGUAUAAUGCCUCUGGGUCCCCAAUCAAUGUCAUAUGUUCAGCCUAAUAUACCAUCCAGUUUCUCUUACAAUCAUGGAGGUCAUAUGUCAGCUCAAACUGGUCCAGAAACUUCUGAUCCCUUUAUAAAAAAUGAGAUCAGACAUCAUUCUGUUGACAGUCAUCCAAGUAAUUCAAGAAAUUUAUCGUCACAAGGUUCAUUGCCAAGUGAGGAUGGUCGAAUUGAGGCAGCCCAUGAUCCUAAUAAUAGCUCUAGGACUUCUACUAUUUUCCAAUUGGACAAGCAGGGGAACCAAAGUGUAGUUGGAAAGAGCAGCAGUUCUAAAGAAACAGAAGUUCAUUCUGUGACCAGGGAUGCAUCACUUCAUUCGGUUUCAAAAGAUAAUUUUAUGGAGUCAAGAACACAAUUUCCUGCAUCUGGUGGCAGGGGAAAGAGAUAUGUCUUUACUGUAAAAAAUUCAAACUCAAGAUCAUCAGGUCCAGCUACUUCAAGGGUGAAUCACUCUGGGGGAUUUAUGAGGAGGCCUCGUCGGAAUGUGCAACAGCGCACCGAGUUUCGGGUUCGGGAAAGUGCUGAGAAGAGGCAGUCCACUAGUUCAGCUUUGAUUGAUCAAUUUGGUUUGGAUAACAAGUCAAAUAUCAAUGCAAGGGGGGCAGGCAUAUCUGGCAGGACUGGACCUAGGAAGCCUAUGGCCAAUAAAUUGGGAAAACAAACCGUAGAAUCAGCAGAAAAUUCACAUGGAAUGGAUUCUGGAAGCAGAGUUGAAAAGGUUGAUGGUAAAGACUCAACAAAGACUCAGACCUUCUCACAUUAUGGACAGAGUAAUCUCAAAAGAAACUUGUGUUCGGAAGAAGAUGUUGAUGUUCCAUUGCAAAGCGGAAUUAUACGUGUGUUUGAGCAACCUGGAAUUGAAGCUCCUAGUGAUGAAGAUGACUUCAUAGAAGUUAGGUCAAAAAGGCAAAUGUUAAAUGAUAGGCGUGAACAGAGAGAGAAGGAAAUUAAAGCCAAGUCUCGGGUUGCAAAGGUUCAACGAAGACCCCGUUCUGCGUCUCAAAGUGUUGUGGCUGUAGGCAAUUCUAGCAAAGGAUCCAUAAUUGCAGGUGAAGUUGCAAGCAGUAUGCAUGCUGAUUUUGUUGCUGAAGUGCGUGGAAUGACAAAGAUUGAUGCCUCAUCUGGAUUUAGUUCAAGCUUAUUGUCCCAAGCAUUACCUCCAAUAGGCACACCUCCUUUGAAAAUUGAUGCCCAGGCUGAUUUAAGAUCACAGAUAAGCAGACCCUCACUUCAGACAAGUCUCCCAGCAGUUUCUGGUGGUGAAAAAGACCCUGGUGUGAUAUUUGAAAGCAAGAACAAGGUUCUAGAUAAUGUUCAGACAUCUUUGGGCUCUUGGGGCACUGCUCAAAUUAGUCAACAGGUAAUGACACUUACACAGACUCAACUUGAUGAAGCUAUGAAGCCUCAGUUUGAUUCACAGGCUUCUGUUGGCAAUUUGUCCGGUGCUGUUAAAGAACCCAGUUUGCCAACAUCAUCCAUUUUGACAAAGGAGAAAACCUUUAACUCUGCAGUCAACCCAAUUAAUUCCUUGCUUGCAGGAGAGAAAAUUCAGUUUGGGGCAGUAACAUCACCAACCGUUCUUCCAUCUAGUAGUCGUGUGUCUCAUGGCAUUGGUCCACCUCGAUCAUCUAGAUCGGACAUGCAAAUAUCCCACAAUCUUACUGGAUCUGAAAAUGAUUGCAGUCUCUUCUUUGAUAAAGAAAAACAUAGUAAUGAAUCUCAUGGUCAUUUAGAAGAUUGUGAUGCAGAAGCUGAAGCUGAAGCAGCUGCUUCUGCUGUUGCUGUUGCUGCCAUUAGUAGUGAUGAGAUUGUUGGAAAUGGAUUGGGUACUUGUUCUGUUCCUGCUUCAGAUGGUAAAAGUUUUGUAGCUGCAGAUAUUGAUAGGGUAGUAGCAGGAGCAGCUUGUGAGCAGCAAUCAGCUGGUCAAUCUAGAUCUGAGGAGUCUCUUAGCGUAUCUCUUCCAGCAGACUUAUCUGUGGAGACUCCGCCAAUUUCCUUAUGGCCUCCCAUACCAAGUACCCAAAAUUCUUCUGGUCAAAUGAUUUCGCAUUUUCCUUCUGUCCCUCCUCAUUUUCCUUCCGGCCCUCCUUCUCAUUUUCCUUUCUAUGAAAUGAAUCCUAUGAUGGGUGGUCCUGUCUUUGCUUUUGGACCACAUGAUGAGUCUGCAUCUACAACACAGUCACAGUCUCAAAAAAGUACUACAACGGCAUCAAGGCCAAUUGGGAGUUGGCAACAGUGCCAUUCUGGUGUUGAAUCUUUUUAUGGACCUCCAACAGGGUUUACUGGACCUUUUAUUGCUCCUCCUGGAGGCAUUCCAGGAGUCCAGGGGCCACCACACAUGGUUGUUUAUAACCAUUUUGCUCCUGUUGGACAAUUUGGUCAAGUUGGUUUGAGUUUCAUGGGCACCACUUAUAUCCCAUCAGGAAAGCAGCCUGAUUGGAAACACAUCCCUACAUCUUCUGCCCCGGGGCCUGGGGACGGGGAUAUGAACGGUAUGAAUAUGACAUCUUCACAGCGGAAUCCUGCUAACAUGCCUUCUCCAAUUCAACAUCUUGCUCCAGGUUCACCACUUAUGCCAAUGGCUUCUCCUGUAGCUAUGUUUGACGUUUCUCCUUUCCAGCCCUCUACUGAGAUGUCGGUACAAGCUCGAUGGCCACAUGUUCCUAAUUCACAACUUUCAUCCAUUCCUCUGUCAAUGCCAUUGCAGCAACUAGAAGGGUUACAGACUUCCCAGUUCAGCCAUGGCUCAUCUGUUGAUCAGCCCUUAAAUACCAAAAGGUUUACUGGUUCUCGAGUUUCAACAUCCUCUGAUGGUGAUAGGAAUUUUCCUAGAGCUGCUGACAUGAAUGUUAACCAAUUGCCUGAUGAACUUGGAUUGGUGGACGCAUCAAAUUCUACUCUUGCCAAGACUUCGGCACAAGAUGUCAUCAACAAGACUCCUACGAUCCCCAUUACAGAUGGUGUGAAGGUUGAUGUUCAAAAUGCAAAUGGCAGCAAUAGUAAUAACCAGAAUGCAAGUUCUUCUUUCAAGAGUCAGCCCUCACAAGUUAAUAAUUCUACCCAGCAGUCUGACCAUUCCUCAGGACAUACUAGUAACUAUCAGAGAGGUGGUGGUUCUCAAAGAAAUAAUUCUGGGGGUGAAUGGUCCCAUCGUAGAGGGUACCAAGGAAGAAAUCAAUCUCUGGGUGCAGAUAAAAACUAUUCCUCGACAAAGGUGAAGCAAAUAUAUGUGGCUAAACAGACCAUUAGUGGGGCAUCGUCAGUGUCAUGAGGCUCAUGAAAUAUGAGCUGGAUUUGAAAAAUAUUAAUUUUUGGUCUGGCUGAAAUAAAUUUUUUGAUUGAGAUGAUUGUUAGAUCGAGAUUUUUGCUGGCUACAACAAAAUUCCAUACUCUGGAGAACUACUAUUUAGCAUGGUAAUGUGACUUUGAUAUCGAUCAAACUUGGUCGAUCUUUGUUUCUUUUUGACGGUAGAAAAUCAGGAAGUAUUUAUUGUGCUUGUGUAUGAAAUCAUUAGUUGUCGUAUAUUCUUUCCAUGAUUAAAUGGGAGGUAUCAGUUUUGAGAAAUGCUAGUUUAUUGUCUAUUUCAUUUGGGUUUAGAUUGUUUUGAACUCAUUUAUUUUUAGAGUAUCAAGACCAAUUAGAAGUUGAUUGUGGGUUGGGUUGAGCUUCGGUUUUAAUUUGAUUAAUUUUAAGUGCUGAAUAGGAGCCUGGCAAAAUUCUGUAAGUUCAUUUAAGUGUGAAUUAGGUCCUUGCAGUUAUUGCAAUUUUUCUAUUUC